GUAAAUUUAGCUUCAGAGAAUUAGAGCAACAUAAUGUUAACAUCUGCAUCUGCGACACCAUCUACCUCUAUGGGCAGUUCUGGCCUACCAAGUCCAACAACUGACACGUUAGAUGACAAUUCGAACAGAGUAAUGGUCUAUUUACAUCAACUCGCUGGAAAUUACGAGAUGGACGUUGAUGUAAUAUUCAAAGAUCAUUGUUAUGCCCGACCAUGGAACUGGAAACCAGAAAGCAUUUACGUCAAGCCUGUAAAAAAGUUGUUUUUCUCAAAAACAGUGGAACAAAGUAAGAUUAAUAAUAUCUAGAUUAAAAAAGAUGAAGAGAUCGAUGUGGAAAAUAUUGGCAGCGAACCAUCGAUACCACUCCUUGAUUUAACCAGAACUCGACAUCUCAUGGACGAAUUUCAACGUUUAGCGAGUUUUGCACGACCUGAGAAAGAGGAGGAUUGGGAUGAGAAUAUAAAUAAAACUUUAUGGUCUUCAGUUCAGAAUCGUGUGUUCAGCAAAGUAACUCGGAUAUUGAGUUCGGAGAGACUCGCGAGAUUGGCCAAGACUAAGAACUCAAUGGAGCCCAUUUUUCGAAGAACAUCCCUAGAUAUCUCAGCGAGACGAUUUCGGGAAAUGUUAGCGUCGACUAAUUGGGAUUGGCGAUUGGCUCAAUGGCUGCAUAAUUUAUUAUUCGAGCAUCUCCCUCAAGAAUACUUGGCAAUUUAUCUCGAUAUCUUACAAACUCUGACAAAAAUUCCUCAGCUAAUCGAUAAGAUGAUUGCUGUACAACCGAAUAUUAAUGCUAGGGGAGGUUCUAUUACAUGGGAAACACUCGGAUCACUUUUAAAACGAUCUUGGGAUCCAGUCGCCCCGAGUUUGAGCGGAAGUCGAGUCAAGAAACUGCCUGGAAAUCCGAUUUUAGUAGUAGUACCUUCUGGUAUCACGUCAACUGUUUCUUCUCGCCAACAUAAGUGGAUCACACAGUUAGGAUUGUUAGGCACAGUUGCUACUGUUCAUACUCAAAUGGGAUUGGCAGCCAACAGAAUGACCAUGAUGGUAUGCAUAGAUCAAUUAGUUCAGGCUACGAGAGCCAAGAUACAAGACGUUAGGAGCGACUGUCCCGGUAGACCGAUUGUACUCGUAGGUUUCAAUACUGGUGCGGCACUUGCUUGUCAGAUUGCUCCGAUGGAACAUAUAAACGCUGUUGUCUGCAUCGGAUUUCCUUUCGCAACAGUCGAAGGAAAGCGCGGUGCGCCCGACGACAUGUUAAUGGACAUUCGCUCUCCCGUGAUGUUUAUUAUCGGACAAAACUCCACUCUCGUUAGACCGGACGAUUUGGAAGAUCUCCGAGAGAAGAUGCUGGUAGAAACGAGUCUAGUGGUUGUAGGCGCAGCUGACGAUUAUCUAAGAAUAUCCACAUCCAAGAAAAUACUAGAGGGUAUCACGCAGAGUAUGGUAGAUAGAUGUAUACUGGAUGAAAUUGGCGACUUUGUCGGUAGCAUUCUAUUGCAACCGCAUCCGUUACCGUUGCGAUCCACGAUGCCGACUACUUGCGAGAACAAGAGCAAAAAGGAGUCUCACAAACGAAGAAACUCGACCAGCAGUUCUGUGGAAAGCGAGCCUAAUUCGCCGACCGUGAAAAAAUCCCGGCCGAAUACGCCGGUAUCCUCCGCGCCAUCAAUCGCUAUGAACACGACAACGACAAAUUCGCCUUCCAAAACAGGUACGUUCAGCACUCAAUCUAACCUUGUGCAGGCGAGUGGACAACACACGAAUCAUACAUCUACUCUAAAACGGAAGCGACCUACGAACAAUCAGAAAAAUCAAGUCGCAGAACUGAAGACUUCUAAGCCUCCUGCACAGACAAAUGUCAAUGCAGAAAAUGGUAUAACGCUCAAUAUAGGUACACUAGCGAGUCUAGCGCCGAUAGGACCGAUACGUUUAGCACCUACUACGAAUCAAUCCACGAUCACUCCCACCAAAACGUCUAACACGUCCAAAACCACAACCGUCAGCAAAGUACCGAAGAUCAUUUCAAAUGUACCGCUGCACAAUGUUCCAAAAAUGAAAAUACUGUCCACCAACAAAUCGUAUUCGAAUGUGAUGUCGAACAAUUACAGACAAGUCAAUGUAGCCGAUAAGAGUGGAGACGCAAAAUUAGUGAACGUCUUUACUACGGGAAAUCAAAUUAGAGUUAAUACAGCUACUGCAGCGGGAAGUAGUAAACCAACUUGUGCGACAACUGGCACAUUGUCAAAUCUUUUACAAAGUGGAAAGAGCUCUAUCGCGCUCACGAGCAGUGCAUCUUCCGCCCGUGUGUCGUCGGCUUCCAGUAUCUUACUAACGACUACCAAUUCAUCGGCGAAUAACGUAACAUCGUCCACAACGAUCCCUCCAAAAGCGAUGGAAGAGAUGGGAAUAAGCAGUGACUCUCACUUAUUGGAGAUAUCCAAGUCGACACAUUUACCACGACAAGGAGCCGCAUCGAAUAAUACUGACAAUUCUCAUAAUAUGUCGUGCGGUAACAUAGUCAUUGUCGAGAAUUCUCUUCACAACAGAAAUGCGCCUCCGUCAAUGAUAGUCCCAUUUAACAGCCAAAACUCUGGAAACAUCUUACCUUUAUCCAACAAGCUGAAGUUGUCUCAGAAGUCGAUGAAGACAAUGCCGAAGAUCACGGUCAACGCCAACAAUUUACAGAGACUUCAAAAAGGGAAAGUCGCCCAAAGUAUUCAAAAAAAGAAUAUUGUCACAAACGAUAUAGAUGACGAUCUGGGAAAUAUAUUGGAUAUACCGAUAAUAUUCGCCAAGGACGAUGACAAUUUAAGCAACAUCGACAAAAUACCGAUAGUAACACAAGCGACGCCAGCUAAGGAGCCUCCAGAAAGACCCAAAUUAAGCAGCACCACCAAAGUGGUUUUAAUUAGCAAUAAGCAAGACAAACAGACGCAAAAUAAAUCUGUUAUAUGUCCCAAUAUGCAAAAUUUAAAUCAGCUGAUACUACAAACGCGAUCCCAGAAUAGUGGUAUCUCAGCGAAGAACAGAAUGCCGAUAGAAAAUCGCCUGGUACAACCUACUGUAAAAUAUACCAAGAUCAUUCUGGCAAAGAGAAAUUCGCAACCAGCUCAGCAGAACGAGAGAGGCGAACAACAGAUGACUGCGACGACGAAAAUUACGGAAAAUGUAAAUGCACCUAAAAUCCUGACCUUCGAGAAAGAUGAGCAUAGAUUUGUGCAAGCGCAAUCUUCCAAAGCAUCGAUAAAUUAUGAUGAUACUCUAAUGGAUAACGUACUCGAGAUCGAGGAUGCUAUUAAGACCAAUAUCAUCGAACGUAAAUACGUGCCCACAAUCGACGCUACAUCUGCAACUGUCGACAAUGAUAUUUGCGAUAUUUUGAACGAAACGGAGCUGGAGCACGAGAAAAAAUACAAUUCGGAACAGUCUAUUCUUGACAAUGCCAGCGAAAUACAAAUAUAAAAUAUAUAAUUGUUUCUUAUGUAACAUAAGGUCUUGAUGAUAUGUUGUGCAAUAUGCGAGAACACGUCUGAAAAAGACGUCUUCUCUAUAAAAGGCGUAUAUUAUUUUAAUAGGUCCGUAUAAACCCAUUUUUAAAUAUACAACA